CUGGUCACACUGGAAUUUUUAAGUAAACUCCAAUUUUAUCUCCGUGGGUUCUGAAGAGCAUUUAAAUAUGACCGAUCCCAGUAACGCUGGCUACAAUAUAACGAAGGAUCCUGCCCUGGCCAAGAGUCGCAUCUUCGUGGGCAACCUGCCAGUAUGCACGCGCGAGGAGCUGGUGAGCAUUUGUCGACCGUACGGCCAAGUCCUCGGCUCAAUGGUCCAGAAAAACUACGGAUUCGUGCAGUUCGAAUCGGAGGAGCUGGCCAAUAAGGCAGCCUCCGCCUUGCACAAGUCGACUUUUAAGCAAAACAUGCUUACCGUACGCAACGCCAGCAUAAAAUCAAAGGCCGCAAACGCAAAUGCCAAAAGGAAUCCGAUGCAGGGAGCUCAAGUCACAGUUCAAGGUGGGAUUGUAAUGUCCGCGGCGGCGGCGGCUGCUGGCCAGCCGCUUAUUAACGAUUGCGAGAUUAUAGUUGUGAAUCGGGAGAAUACCAAAUACGCCGAGUACAUUGAGGAGCGGCUAAGAAAUGGCAAUAUGCGGGUCGAUGUCCUGUUCCCGAACGAGGACGUCAUGCUGGGCAAGGUCCUGGCCAACAUCUCAUCGCGCGGCUGCCUGUAUGCGAUUUUGGUAACGCCCCAGCACGAGGAGCACAACAGCAUCACAGUGAACAUUCUGUACGGCGUGCCCGCCGAGCAUCGCAACAUGCCACUGGAGGACGCCAUCACCCUGGUGGCCACCGACUUUAGACUGAAGAGGCAGCGCGAUUCUGUCGCCCCACCGCCAGUAAGCGCAAUUCACAAGGGACAGCGACGACAUCCCGAUCAAAUGCAGGAACUCCUGGAGAGGCUGGCUGACAAUCAUCCUUUGACUGCCUCACAGUACGAGGUAAUCCUGAAGUAUUUGGAGGGCGAACGCGAGGAGCAACUGAAGCGUGAGGUGGGCGAGGCCAAUGCCCUGGCCAAAUUGAAGGCCCCUGAUCCAGAGAUCGAGCUGCAGAAGAAGAUCCUUAGCAUCAUGAACAAACCGGCGGUUACCGAUAUAAACUGUGAGCUCAUGUAUCCCACUUUCGAAGCCGUCACUGAGGACAAGAGGCUGAUGGAGUUGCUAGGCGACGAACGUGUUUUGGCGGCUUUGGAAAGUGUUUACAACUCGGAUCUCAAGCAGACUAUAGCAGAGUUCCUAUAGAUUAUCUGGGUUUCCUAAAUCUUAGUUUUUAACCACUAAAAUAUUCGUAUCCCUUCAAUAUGAACGAAGUGUAUUUCUAAGUCAAUUUUAGAGUACUGUAGCCCAGUCUUAAUAGACAACAGGAUCUUAAUAAUGUAAGAUCGUGCAAGGCCAGGAUCAGGAUAACCAAAAUUCUUAAAGAUACUUGGCAUUAAAUGAAAGUAAAGCGUCAAGUGACAGCCGGCCAAGAUUGCAAUGCUCCUUGUGCUUUGCACUUGACGCAAAAAGUAUUAAAAA